AUAAGUAGGAAUAAAUAUCAAUAAAUUUGAAUAUUAAACUGAAAACAGAGUAUAUUGCACAGGAGUAUUAGACACUUUACUUAUAAUGGUUUUCAUAAAAAGUAUUACUAAGGAAAACUAUUAUGUAUAAACUGCAGAAGCUUUUUAGUCACACUGGAUGUUAUAUUCUGUUCCUAUAGCUGACUAAUAUGGACAAAGAAAACAAGCCUUCAGAUUUGGGAGCAGGAGUGUCAGUCCACUGGUGUCCACUGUAUGUGGGUGUGCAGAUCCCUCCCUCGCUCUCCUUCCUGUCCUCUCCCUGCCGGGCUCCAGCUGCUGUGUGCUGCAGUCGACCUGCCCUGUCUGCCUCUGAGCCUGCUGGGAGUUGGAGGGAGAAACCGUCGAGGGAGAGCGAGCAGGCGGGAUUGGAAGUCUGUGUGUGCGGGUCCCAAACUGGUAACCACUACCAAAAAGCACACACACGCACGAUUCAGGACUUUAAAGCCACCCGGACGGGUUGUUGGCCCUACUUUACAGAGAGCUGUGAAAAGCCGCCACGGAGACCCUGAAACUUGCGUGGUUGUUUUUUUUUUCUUCUUCUUCUUCUGUGGUAGCAGCAGUGCUGUUGCGCCGCGCGGACUGCUCUGAUACUUGAGCGGAUUCAUUGGUUGGAGCAGGGUUGCGCAUUGGACCUUGCUGUAUAUUCACCGCGUAUCCAGAGGGAAGAGGCACAAUGAAGAACUAAACGUUUUCUUCUUGCUCCAAGUCGAGCUUGUUGCAGAGUUAAAUCCUUUUCAAAUUGUCAUUUUGUCUCGCGCUUCUUCUCUCUGUCGCGUUAAUUUUUCUUGUCCUGUGUGGGAUGCGUCGGCUGCUGUAGGAUCCCGCUUGUUGACAAACAGUUUUUACAAGAAGUUUACAACAAGCUUCGGGCACGAGAAGAGAGAAAAAUGUCCACGCCGAGGUUCAAAAAGGAUAAAGAAAUCAUCGUAGAGUACGAGAGUCAAGUCAAAGAGAUCCGGGCCCAGUUGGUGGAGCAGCAGAAAUGUCUGGACCAGCAGACAGAGAUGAGGGUCCAGCUGCUGCAGGACCUCCAGGACUUCUUCAGGAAGAAGGCAGAGAUUGAGAUGGAAUACUCUAGAAACCUGGAGAAACUGGCCGAACGCUUCAUGGCAAAGACUCGCAGCACCAAGGAUCACCAGCAGUACAAGAAAGACCAGAACCUGCUGUCCCCAGUCAACUGUUGGUACCUGCUGCUGAACCAGGUGAGGAGGGAGAGUAAGGACCACGCCACACUGAGCGACAUCUACCUCAACAACGUCAUUAUGAGGUUCAUGCAGAUCAGUGAGGACUCCACACGGCUACUCAAGAAGAGCAAGGAAAUAGCCUUUCAGCUCCAGGAAGACUUAAUGAAGGUCCUAAAUGAACUAUACACAGUGAUGAAGACCUACCACAUGUACCACUCGGAGAGCAUCAGCGCAGAGAGCAAGCUGAAGGACGCUGAGAAGCAAGAGGAGAAGCAGAUCGGCAGGGGAGAUCCAGUCUUCAGCAUCCGAAUGGAGGACAAAUACCAGAGGCGCAGCUCUGUGAAGAAGAUCGAAAAGAUGAAAGAGAAGCGUCAAGCCAAGUACUCCGAGAACAAGCUGAAGUCGAUCAAAGCGCGGAACGAGUACCUACUGACACUGGAAGCAUCAAACUCCUCCGUAUUCAAAUACUACAUCCACGACUUGUCGGACUUAAUUGAUUGCUGUGAUUUGGGGUACCACGCCAGUCUGAACCGGGCCCUGCGGACCUACCUGUCAGCCGAAUACAACCUGGAGACAUCACGCCACGAGGGUCUUGACAUCAUAGAGAAUGCGGUGGACAGUCUGGACCCACGAAGUGACCGUCAGAGGUUCAUGGAGAUGUACCCCACGGCCUUCUGCCCACCGGCAAAAUUUGAGUUCCAGCCUCAUAUGGGGGAUGAGGUGUGUCAGAUCUCAGUGCAGCCACCGGUGAAUGGAGAACUCAUCCUGAGGUUCCAGCAGCUUCAGUCUCGCCUGGCUACUCUGAAGAUCGAGAACGAAGAGAUCAAAAAGACAUCAGAGGCCACCCUGACCACCAUCCAGGACAUGGUGACCAUUGAAGACUACGACGUGUCCGAGUGUUUCCACCACAGCCGAUCCACCGAGUCUGUCAAGUCCACUGUGUCCGAGACGUACCUCAGCAAACCCAGCAUUGCCAAGAGGAGGGCCAACCAGCAGGAGACGGAGCAGUUUUACUUCAUGAAAUUCCGGGAGUUUCUGGAGGGCAGUAAUCUCAUCUCCAAACUGCAGGCCAAACAUGACUUGCUGAAGAGGACACUCGGCGAAGGCCACAGAGCUGACUACAUGACCACAAGACAUCCCAAUGGGCCGUUCAAAACCCACACUGGCACCCGGCGGGCUAGACCCCGCUCUGUUUUUAAUGUUAGGUUAUUUAAUGGCAAUUUGGAGUCAUUUAUCAAGGACUCUGGACAAGCUAUCCCCCGUGUGGUUGAAAGCUGUAUUCGCUUCAUAAAUUUGUAUGGCCUCCAACAUCAAGGAAUAUUUCGUGUAUCUGGAUCCCACCUGGAAGUCAAUGACAUCAAGAACUCAUUUGAAAGAGGAAACGAUCCUCUGACGGAUGAUGAGAAUAAUCAUGACAUCAACUCGGUGGCUGGCGUUCUCAAACUUUACUUCCGUGGUCUGGAGAACCCUCUUUUCCCCAAAGAGAGGUUCAAUGAUCUGCUGUCUUGCAUCAGAAUAGAAAACCUGUAUGAGAGAGCGCUGUACAUCCGUAAGAUCCUCCUGACCAUUCCCAGAUCAGUCCUCAUCGUCAUGCGCUACCUCUUCGCCUUCCUCAACCACCUGUCCCAGUACAGUGACGAGAACAUGAUGGACCCAUACAACCUGGCCAUAUGCUUCGGCCCCACGCUCAUGCCCACACCAGACAGCCAGGACCAGGUCUCCUGCCAGGCCCACGUCAACGAGAUCAUCAAGACCAUCAUCAUCCACCAUGAGACCAUCUUUCCUGAUGCCAAAGACCUAGAUGGGCCCAUCUAUGAGAAGUGUAUGGCUGGAGGAGACUAUUGUGAAAGCCCCUACAGUGAGCAUGGAGCCCUGGAGGAGGUAGAAAACGAGGGAGGGACAGAGACACACACCAGUGAGGACGAGGGCGAGCCCAUUGAAGCCAUUGCCAAGUUUGACUAUGUUGGACGCUCUUCCAGAGAGUUGUCCUUCAAGAAGGGCGCCUCCCUGCUGCUGUAUCAGCGGGCAUCAGAAGACUGGUGGGAGGGACGGCACAACGGCAUCGAUGGCCUGGUGCCACACCAGUAUAUUGUGGUCCAAGACAUAGAUGACAACUUCUCAGACAGUCUGAGUCAGAAGGCUGACAGCGAGGCCAGCAGCGGCCACGCUGGAGAGGAUAAAUGCUCGGGAAAAGACAUCGGCUCGCCCACUGACACCAGGAUCUCUGAGGCCUAUAUUACCAGCAGGCACAAGAAAAGAUCAGAACCACCAUCUCGGCGCCCCCCUGCCCGCCCCAGCGAUGUCCACUGCAUGGUGCAUCCCUCCCAGCAUGGUCAUGGAGGACAUGGAGGCACCCCAGAGAUGGGCUCCCCAGUUCUAGGCCACUUCAGCCCACGGGACAUGCUGCGGAGUCGCAACCACAUGCCGAUGGACAGCCCUGAACGUCGGCGCCGCACCGGCCACGGCAGUCUGACUAACAUCAGCCGCCACGAAUCGCUGAAGAAGAUGGAGAGCCCCCCGAUCCGCCGCUCUACUUCUUCGGGCCAGUACACAGGCUUUACUGACACCCACCACCACCACGGCGGCAAGCCCCUGGAUCCGGAGACCAUCGCACAGGACAUAGAAGAAACUAUGAACACUGCUCUGAAUGAGCUGCGCGAGCUGGAGCGGCAGAGCUCAGCCAAGCACGCCCCUGACGUGGUGCUGGACACCCUGGAGCAGCGACAGACCUCCGGCAGCAGCGGCGGGGGUCCCACGCCGGCUAGCUCCAGCGAGUCCCUCAGCCCCAUCCACGGCGUCAUGCUGAGGUCCACCGCCAACACUGAGCCACCCAUCCGCCGCAGCACCAGCUCCUCCAGCGAUACUAUGAGCACCUUCAAGCCUCUGGUAGCGCCCCGCAUGGGGGUGCAGCUCAAACCUCCAGCCUUGAGGCCCAAGCCCAUGAUCCUGCCCAAGUCCAGCCAGGUCUCACAGCCUGCAGCUACAUCUCCUCAGGACCCUCUGGACAAGUCCUGCACCAUGUAACCUCUGGGACAUGAACCAGAGAUGUAAAACAAAAACUCUCAAUCAACUUCCAAGGAGCUGCAAAAUGCUACCAGUGUCUAGACUUCACAGAUGUACAACAAAUAAUAUCUAAGAGUCUGUAAAAUACAUGGACCUGGACAGGAAAAGAAGAAGUUUCCUUGUGGUGUUUUGAAGCUGAAGACAAGAUCAUAAAUAGGACUCUGACAGGAUCUGAGAGACUGAUGUAGGAGUUACAAUGUAGACACAUUUGUCUCAUUAACAUGCACAGUUAUGUGUUCAUAUGCUUAGACUAAUAUUAUCUAACAAAUGUCGUUUUUUUAAAUGAACACAAACAACAAAUCACAAAGGCUUCCUUCGAGGUUUUAGAAAAUGUACACUAGUUAGUUUAGUUUAGACAUUCAUGAACUGUGUAACUUUGAACAAAACACGCUGCAUGUAGCUCCUGUUUACCACUGAACCUGAACCUGGAGCUUGAUGAGAACUGUAGUGACCACAGAGGCAUUCUCACACGUAGAACUAGAUUAUACUGGAUUUUUUUGCUCUUACCUAGGAGGGCCCUUGAAGGUGUUGUGAACUGGUUCAAAGGCCUUAUUGACUUUGAAGUGUAACUGAUUUCACAUGUUAAAUAUUAUAAAGGUGCUGUGACUACCUGGACAGAGUUGGUUUGAAGUUUGGACUGAUUAUGGGCCUGAAGAGCCCUUAACGGUACUUUGUUAAUAGAUAAUAGUACUGAUAGCAAUAUGCUUUUUUUUUUCACUAGCAUGUAAACUGUGCAACUUUCUUUGGCAAGGCAUACCAUCUGUUGUGUCUCAGAAAUGUACAAAGAUCACCUCUGUGGACCUCUGGAUUCACUCAUUUUAACAUAUUGCCUGGAAUGAGAUAUGACUAUUGGAUAAAACCACUACUUCAUUAUGAACAUUUCGACGCAUUCUUGAAUUCCUGCAUCAAUAACUCAUGAUGUAGGGGUAAAACAUGCCUAAUAUUGUAUGCCUUUGCAUCUGUAUAACACAUGGGGAGCAGUGUGAAAAAUGAUGAUGACAAAUCAUCUCCUACCUACAGUAUAUACAAAUAUGCUAUUAUACGGUGUGGAACUCAUGCCAUAGCUUCUUUUAUGCCUUGCUUGGCUUUAUCUACCCAAAGACAUGACCAUACAAGUUAAAGCAUGGAUGUUGACCCCCCCAUAUAUGAUGUAGGCAUUCUUCUUAUUGACUGAUGUGUAUAGACUCAUGGUAGCACCCUGUGUGAGCGCUGCCGGUAGCCAUGGACCUAAUGACUGUUAGUGUAUAAACUUCCUAAUAUGUUCACCCUGCUUCCUCGUUGUCAAAGUCUCUGCAAACAGCAGCUUGCUUUGUGUCCCUCCAGUCUGUUUUAUGUUCAGGUGAGAACGUCAAUAAUGCGUUUUUUGUAUUGUUCUUUGACUGACAUUGAGGCUUUCUCUGUGGAUUUUCUGCAUUUGUGAAUGAUGACACCUCUAAUUGCUUGACGUGUGGCAGAAAGCGGCACAUGUGGAACAGGAGAAGUUGUCUCACAGAAUCAGUGAUGAACAGCUUGUGUCAGUCAGCUCAUGUGUGUCCAGGUCCAGUAAUAAUUUCAAAUGCAAAAGCCCAGAUUUCCAGCUGUGUGACUGCACCCCUGUAUGUCUUUUUGAAAAUAACCUCUGUACUGUAGAAAUAACAGAAGUGGGUGCACGUCCUGGGAAUGUUUGGCUAGCAUAAUAACACACAGAAAAGACUUGGUUUGCAAUGAAUAAGCAAUGCUCUUUAACAGCAGGUUUACACUAUCUUUGACUUGACAGAUAUUGUGUGUAUAAUAAUCAAAAGAUAAUUGAUUUCUGAGUUACUAACUUUCACUAUUUUUGUAAUCAUUUUUGUUAUGUUUGUUGAGUUUCUGGGUAGAAAUGAUUUAGAACAAAUGAUGUAGAAUAAAUAUUCAGAGAUGCAGGUGCCCCACCUACAGUAUGAAGUCAGUUGUAAAAAAAUAAAAGUGUGCUUUUGUCACUAUGUUAAUAUCAUCAACAGUAGGACUCAGUUAUGCCAUCUAUAGGCUUUAAGCUACUCUGUGGUGUUAUGUACAUCUGUAGUAUGUACUUGUGAAAGUGCCUUUGUAAAUGUAAUAGAGGAACUUCAGACAUUCUGUACUGUUGCAUUUCCAUGUCAGAUGCUGUGUUUGAGAAAAUGCAGUGCAGGAAGAAGACACAUGAAUAAGUAAUGAUGCCAUUUUCCAAACACUUAUAUGACAGAAUUAAUAAUAAAUAAACAGCUUACCCAUUGUGACAUUGCACUUUUAUGUAUAUAACUGUAUAUAUGGCAUGUAACAUUAUAACAUUUAGAGUUCUUUGAGGGCUUAUACCUCCAAGGAUUUCUUUCUAAUAAAGGAAAUAGUUUGUCGA